AUGGCCACACCCCAACCCGCCCCUCCCCCCACCGACCCCUUCUCCGACCCAACCCCACCCUCCUCCUCCGUCGCCCCAAGCGACGCCGACACCCUCACCGUCGACCGCAACGCCACCCUCACCCUCGGCACCGACGCCCUCAUCGUGCUGGACGAAGGGCUGCGCCACCGCCGCGCGGCCUCGACGUGCUGCGGCUUACUACCGCAACUGGGGAAGACGACGCAGGCGAUUCCGUUCUAUCACGUGCUGUGGGCGGAGUUGCGGGGGCUGGAGGUCACGGUGCGGUAUGCGCGGGGGACGGGGAAGAGGAGUUGUGCGGUGGGGAAGGUGGUGUAUACGGUGAUUGAGAAGAGUGCGAGGGCGCACGCGGAGAAGUGGGUGGAGAGGCUGCUGGAACGAGCGUACCCGCGGGGCGUGAAGAGGAGGAGGAGGGUAAAGGUGCUGGUGAACCCGUUCGGAGGACAGGGGUACGCAGCCAAACUGUGGUCGAGGGAGGUGGAGCCCAUCUUCGCGGCUGCGCGGUUACAGACGGAUGUAGAACGGACGGCGUAUAGCGGACACGCGGUGGAGAUUGGGGAGAAGCUGGACGUGGGCGCUUAUGAUGUGGUGGCGUGCGCGAGCGGGGAUGGGCUGCCGCAUGAGGUGUGGAAUGGGCUGGCGAAGCAGAAAGAUGCACGACGGGCGAUGCGGAAGGUGGCGGUCGUGCAGAUUCCGUGCGGGAGUGGGAAUGCGCUGAGUCUGAAUUUCAAUGGGACGGAUUCGCCGAGUCUGGCGGCGUUGGCGAUUGUGAAGGGGGUGCGGACGCCUUUUGAUCUGGUGGCGAUCACGCAGGGGGAGAGGCGGUAUUAUAGCUUCUUGUCGCAGGCGGUGGGGUUGAUCGCGGAGUGUGAUUUGGGGACGGAGUCGCUGAGGUGGAUGGGGUCGUUGAGGUUUAGUUGGGGAGCGUUGGUGAGGAUAUUGGGCAAGUCGCUGUAUCCGGCCGAGAUCGCUGUGGCGGUUGAGAAUGACGAUAAGGCGGUGAUUAAGGAAGCCUACCGGCACGCUGUCGCAGAGCAAGAGACCGCACGCGCGAAAGGCUUCAUCCAAGGGGACGACGACAACGACGAUGACAACGACCUCCUCGAAAGCCAGGACAGCUCUCUCCCCGAGCUCCGCUACGGCACCAUCAACGAUCCCCUUCCCCCCUCCUUCCACCUCGAAGACCAAUCCACCCUCGGCAACUUCUUCGUCGGCAACAUGUGCUGGAUGAGCCCCGGCAACGCCUUCUUCCCCGCCUCCCUGCCCUCGGACGGCAAACUCGACAUGGUCAACAUCUCCGGCGCGAUCCCGCGCACGCGGGGGUUGGCGAUGAUGUCCUGCAUCGACGACGGCACGCACAUGGAUUUCCCCGAGGUGUCGUACCGCAAAGUCGUGGCGUAUCGGAUCACGCCUCGAAUCUAUGAGCCACCCUCGGGGAGGAGGGUUUGGACGAAGGUGGGGAGGUGGUUGGGAGGGGAGGGGAAGCGAAGGACCGGGUUGGUGGCGGUGGAUGGGGAGAGUGUUCCUUUUGAGCCGUUUCAGGCGGAGAUCAUGCCGGGGUUGGGGAUGGUGUUGAGUAAGACGGGUGGGGUGUAUGAGUUUGAGGGGCCGAAGGGGGCUUGA